UUUGUAACCAGGAAUUUGUGUCUAGGUAAUACUACUGAGAUCAGAGUCUGAGAGAAACUUGCCAGUCAAAUGCAGAUAGAAGCUUGCAAUCAGUCUCAGUGAGAGGACUUACUGAUUCAGAAUGGGUUUGUUUGACGACACAGUGCCUUUCAAGGGGCAGAAGUACAAAGAUCUGAAGAGUAACUGUAUAAAGAAAGGAGUAUUAUUUUGUGACCCAACAUUCCCAGCGAGUGGCAGAUCUCUGUACUACAGCCGUGCGGCACCAUCAGAUAUUGUAUGGAAAAGACCAGGGGAGAUUGUGUCAAAUCCGAAGUUCUUUGAGGCAGGUGUGAGUUCUGAUGAUUUUUCCCAGGGUUCCCUUGGUAACUGUUGGUUUGUGGCUGCCUGUGCGUGUCUGGCGGAAGAUUCAAAACUUUGGAAAAAGAUUGUACCAGACAAUGAAGAGCAGGAAUGGAAUGAGAAGAAUAAAUAUGCUGGGAUAUUUCACUUUAAAUUCUGGCGAUGUGGGCAAUGGAUGGAUGUAGUAAUUGACGAUUACUUGCCAACUAGGCAAGGUCGUCUAAUAUUUGUCCAUUCCAACACAAGGAAUGAGUUUUGGUCAGCACUUCUGGAAAAAGCUUAUGCAAAAUUAGCUGGGGAUUAUGAAUCCCUGGUGGCGGGAAAUGCGAAAGAUGCACUGGUAGAUAUGACAGGCGGGGUAGGGGAGAGAAUUGCCAUGGAAGACUAUGCAACACCAGAAAAACAGAAAGAUCUGUUCAGGAUUCUGAAACAUUCCAAAGAAAACCAUUCUUUGAUGAGUGCAUCUAUUGUAGCAACAGGUAACGAUAUGGAGGCGGAGUUAUCGUGUGGUCUGGUCAAAGGCCACGCCUACAGUGUAACAGCUGUUAAGAAGAUCAAGUUAGGGACUGGACUGUUUUCGAUAUUUGCACGAGAUUACCUACAGAUGGUGAGAUGUCGCAACCCGUGGGGCGGUACCGAGUGGAAAGGGGCUUGGAGUGAUGGGUCAGCAGAAUGGAAGAAAGUCAGUGACAGUCAGAAGAAAGAUCUAGGACUAACAUUUGAUGACAAUGGAGAAUUCUGGAUGUCCUAUGAGGAUUUCUGCCAUUACUUUACCAGCAUGGACAUCUGUCACAUGAUCAACAUGUCAUUCUUUUCCUUCAAGAAAACAUGGCGGGAAGGGAAGGUUAGCGGCAUGUGGAAGAAACCAGACAGGGCUGGAGGUUGCGGGAAUCACUCAACAUUCCUCAAUAACCCUCAGUACAUAUUUGACAUAACAGAGGAUGAAGAUGAGAUAAUGGUGUCUCUAGAACAACAGGAUAAACGUGUUGACAAAGGAAAGGAUAACUAUACCAUUGGCUUCACUAUACUGAGGGCGGAUAUAAACCGGAAGUACCGAAUGCAUGACCGACUUGAUCGUGUGUCCUCUGGACCAUUUGUGCUGUCAAGAAGUGUGUUUAACCGUGUCAAAUUGACUAGAGGACGCUACUGUAUUAUUCCUUCAACUUUUGACCCAGGACAAGUUGGGGACUUUGUCCUGCGGAUUUAUGCUAGUACCAACUUAAACUUGAUUGAACUGAUACAUGACGAGCCCCAGCCAGGAUCCUGUUGUGGGUUUGCCAUGAAGAGGUCUAAGAUUGCUGCUACACAGAUCACGCUGGUCAAAGCUGAUGGGCUUGAGCCCCAGGAUAAAGGUUCCACCGCUGACCCAUAUUGCAUUGUGAAGUAUGAGGGAAGAAGUUUAGAGAACCACUACAAGGAAGAUACAUUGAAUCCAGAAUGGAAUGACAGGGUUACACUAUACAGGAAGAAACCUAACCAGGAAGUAGUAAUAGAGGUCUGGAACCACAAUAUAUUUAAAGAUCAGCUGAUGGGGUUUGCCACACUUCCGAUGGACAAUCCUCACCAGUAUACAGGAGGCAACAUCAUCAAGAGGUAUAAUCUCGCCGCAAAGGGAAAAGAGGGUCUCAUCUCAAAGCCGGGAGGACUCUGGCUCAAAGUUCUACACACUGAUAAUAUGGGGACAGUGUAAACACUCAAAUUUCUGUGAUACCAGUCAGCGUACUCUUUCACUCCAGAACUUUUGAAACUUACUACAUGAUAUAAAAACAGUUGCCAUGGUGUUGCAUUAUGCAAUAUUUUCACACUUCUCCAUUGUCAAAGACAUGGGAGGCAUAUAGUGUUUGAACUGUCUGUCUGUCACGAUUUCUUGUGCUUUCAACUCCUGUUACAGUUGCCAUCCAGUUCAAAUGAAACUUUGUAUACAUCUUUAAGAUGAAAUGGACAUGCACAUAUUUUUGGGAAUUUCAUAUCUGAUUUUUUUUUUGAGUUAUGGCCCUUUUUUGGACUUUGAAAUAUUACAGUGUGUAUUCACCUUAUCCUACACUUUCAGUCCAAUUGAAAUGAAACUUGGUAUUCUUCAUCAAAAUGAAGUAGACAUGCACAUAUUACUGGGACUUUUGUGUCUGAUUAUGUUUUCUUGAGUUAUGGCCCCUCUGAUUAGAUUUCAGAAUAUUACAAUUUCCACCCUGUUGUCAGUUUUAUUUAUUACUCUGUCAAACAUUUUCAGGGGGCAUGUGUCAAUGUUUAUCAUUCUUGUUGAAAAUGAUGAGUUCUUUCAAGUAAAAGUAUUGACAAAUAUCUUUAAAUAAAUAAUAAGUGUAAAAGAACAAGUCUUGCAUGUAUGUUGGAUUUUAUUCAUGUUUUGUAAAAUCCUAUAGUUUUUCAAAGAUAAAAAAUCAUGAAAUAAUUCAGUCAUUUUUCAAACAGUUUUAUUCUGAAAAAAUAGUCUUGUUUGACAGAUUUGUCAUACAUCAUAUAGCAAUGUGAAGAAAGCCUUCUAAAAAAAUAAAGAAAAAUGAUUUAUUUUAUCACAUGAUAUUUACUGUGCCUUGUUAAAUUGAUCUUUAAAAAAUGUAAGAACAUGUAUUUUAUCACAAAUGAUGCAUUUUUAAGAAUAUUUACAACGAUAAGUUCUUGAGUUUUAAAAGUAGCAGUUGUUUUACUCAUGUUCAGGUUUUUUAUGCCCCCAAAGGGAGGCAUAUUAGUUUUCAACUUGUUCGUCCGUUCAUUAGUUCGUUCAUUCGUUAGUUCGUAAUUUGUCACAACGUUAACUUUUUGCAUGAAGGCACUUUACUCGUGAACCACUGCACCUAGGACCUUCAAACUUCACAUGCUGAUAGUACUUAUUGAGUACACAACCCCUACUGACUUUGGGGUCACCAUAUCAAAGGUCAAAGUCACAGGGGGCCAGUGUUAACUUUUUGCAUGAAGGCACUUUACUCGCGAACCACUGCACCCAGGACCUUCAAACUUCACAUGCUGAUAGUAGUUAUUGAGUACACGACCCCUACUGACUUUGGGGUCACCAGGUCAAAGUCACAGGGGCCAAUGUUAACUUUUUGCAUGAAGGCACUUUACUCGUGAACCACUGCACCCAGGACCUUCAAACUUCUCAUGCUAAUAGUACUUAUUUAGUACACGACCCCUAUUGACUUUGGGUCACUAGGUCAAAGGUCAAGGGGGUGUGGGGGGAGCAUUUGUCACCAUUAGUGACAGCUCUUGUUUUACCAAAUAUAGAAGUUUUAAAAAAUAAAAGGAAAAAUGAACUAUCCUUAGUCAGUAACAUAUAUCAAUAUUUGAUGAAUAAUUUAUAACAAGGAGAAAUUUAUGUCUUUUUAUCUGUUAUUUAAAGCAUGUUUCUAAGAUUGGUUGAAAUGGUCUUAAGUGUAGAUAUUCUAUUAAUAAGUCCUCUCACAUAACAUUGUACAUUGUAUGUGUAUUUUUGUGAUAAUGAUAUUUUACCUGAACAUGACUCCAUCAAAAUGUUCAUGAUAAUGUAAAUCCCGGCCAUUUCUUAAGAUUAGAUGAGGUUUCAGCUCUUUUGAGCUUUUUGUUUAUUGUGAUUUGUCUGUCUUAAUGUUAAAUGUAUUUUUUCAGUAUCCAUAGCAACUUCAUGUAUAAUCUGUAUUCAUGAUAAUGUUAAUGCCGUCCAUAUUUUAAGCUUUAUAGUUGAGAUUAGAGCUCGUUUGAGCUUUUUUUUAUUGUGAUUUAUCUGUCAUACUGUUAAAAAAAAACUUCAGUAUCCAUAGCAACCUCAUGUUUAAUAUGUUUUGCUCAAAUAUUUACUAGAUGUGCCAACUUUAUUUAUAAAAAAAAAAACACUGGAAUAAUAUUUGAAAUAAAAUUUGUUUGUUUUGGGUUUAACGCCGGUUUUUCAACAGCAUUUCAGUCAUGUAACGGUGGGCAGUUAACCUAACCAGUGUUCCUGGAUUCUGUACCAGUACAAACCUGUUCUCCCCAAGUAACUGCCGACUUCCCCACAUGAAUUAGAGGUGGAGUAAAAUAGAAAGAAAAAAAAUCCGGUAAAUUUUGCAGAUUUUAUUUAAUGAAAACUCUUUCUCAUUUAAGAAAACUUUGGUAUCAAGGAAAUAGGUUACCUGGACAAAGUAUAAGAGUAUUUCUGGUCACUUCAUAUUUUUUGUUGAAACAAGUAAUUUAUUCAGUCAAAAUGAUGUACCUCAAAAUUGUUUCUAUAUUGUAUUAUUUAGGUGAGGAAAUUUCUCAAGACUAUUUUGUCAGAUUUUCUUUUGAUUAACAUGCAUAAUUUUAUUGUUUAUUUUUUUCUUAUCUAACCAUGCCAAAAUUAAUGUUAUGAUGAAUCUGAGAAUAUGAUAGUUAACAAAACGGAAUCUGAGAAUAUGAUAGUUAACAAAACGGAAUCUGAGAAUAUGAUAGUUAACAAAACGGAAGAAAGAUGAGGUAACACACUGGAUAGAAUUUAACUAUUUUAAUUUUAGACUACUGGUUUCAGUCUAACAUAGACCUUCAUCUGGACCUUCUUAUUUUAAAGAUGAUAUCGUAUGUUUUCAUGAAGAACAGGUGUUGAAACAGUGUAAUAUAAAAGAAAAUAUGUAUUUUGGCUAAGUACCCCAUGUCUUUUUCUUAGAAUAAAAUUCACAUUCAUUCGAAAUGAUAUUAAAACCAAAAUUUGUAUUUGCUAUGUGUAAGCCUUUUUCAAAGAAGUUCCAUUUCCAGUUAAAAUCAACAUCAUUACAGAUAUAUUUUUGUAAAAUAGUAUAAAUUAUAUGUAGCAAUGUGUAGUUUAAUAGACUGCUUCUGACAAAAAAAAUGUAUGUUUUCAAGCGUUUGGCUAUUUUCUAAUGUAUUCCUGGAAAUUGCGUGUGUUAAGCAUCUGUGAUAAAUAUUCUGUCUGCAGUAGAUAGUGCAAUAUUUUGUAAUGUUAUUUUUUGUACUUUAUCCUUGCAAACUGUUUAUAUGAGCCAUGCCAUGAGAAAACCAACAUAGUGGGUUUGCGACCAGCAUGGAUCCAGACCAGCCUGCGCAUCCACGCAGUCUGGUCAGGAUCCAUGCUGUUCGCUUUUAAAGCCAAUUGGAAUUGGAGAAACUGUUAGCGAACAGCAUGGAUCCUGGCCAGACUGCGCGGAUGCGCAGGCUGGUCUGGAUCCAUGCUGGUCGCAAACCCACUAUGUUGGUUUUCUCAUGGCGCGGCUCAUAUUAUGUUUUGUACGUCAGCAUUUUAGAAAGGAGGGAGGAAAGCUACCUCAUAUGGUUGAUAACCAAACACUAUCACUGUAUAUUGACAAAUGCAUAUUGUACUGUGUUUUUUUUUUU